CUGAUUUUUUAUCUUUUAGAAUGAAAUUCCUGUAUUUUGUCCUGCAUUAACUGAUGGCUCAUUUGGGGAUAUGGUUUAUUUUCACUCUUUUCGCAAUCCAGGGCUUAUUAUUGAUAUAGCUCAAGAUAUACGCCGAAUAAAUUCAAUGGCUGUGAAGGCUUUGAAUUCUGGAAUGAUAAUUAUAGGAGGUGGUGUUGUCAAGCAUCAUAUUUGCAACAGCAAUUUGAUGAGGAAUGGAGCUGAUUAUUCUGUCUUCAUUAAUACAGGCAAUGAGUAUGAUGGCAGUGAUUCGGGAGCUAGACCAGAUGAAGCUGUAUCAUGGGGGAAAAUCAAGAAAACAGCAAAACCAGUAAAAGUUUAUGCAGAUGCAACAUUAGUCUUUCCUGUAAUUGUUGCUCAAACAUUUGCAGCAAAAUUUCAUGAAAGAAAUAAUCAUCAAUAAACUACAGUUAUUUGAUUCCAAGUUAUCAAGAAGACAGGACAAAAUGAUAAUUUAUUUUGAGGACUGCAUUCCUUCCAUGUGCUUACAUGCAUAUUUUAUAAUCACUUCAUGAGAUUUGUUACAUUCUGCUCAAACAAAGAGUCAAAAUAAAACUUUUUUAAAUAUGCCAUA